GUCGUUUUGCCUGCUUUUGGGUGUGUUCACGAUCAGGGGCUCCGGAGCGAUGGGCUGGGGCCGAGGUCGUUAUUCCUAGUUCACAGAGGCUAGUCUGAGGGUCGACGGGGGCGCCGCCUGUGGCGACCCGCUCCUGAGCCUGCAUAGAGACCGCUGUGCGCCUGUCUCCUCUGCUGUCGCAAGCCCCUUCCCUGCCCUGCCCCGCCGACAGGAUCCGAUGGCGGCUGCCACUCUGAGGGACCUGGCCCAGGGCAGUGUGACCUUUGAGGAUGUGGCUAUGUACUUUUCCCAGGAGGAGUGGGGGCUCCUUGAUGAGGCUCAGAGACACCUGUACCAUGAUGUGAUGCUGGACAACUUUGGACUUAUAUCCUCGCUCGGUUGGUGUGGAGCAGAGAAUGCGGAGGCACCUUCUGAGCAGAGUGUUUCUGUGGGAAUAGUGUCACAAGCUGGGACUCCAAAGUCAGGUCCAUCAACCCAGAACGUUCAUCUCUGUGAGACGUGUGUCCCUGUCAUGAAAGAAAUUUUGUACCUGGCUGAUCCCCCAGGAAUAUAUCGUGGGCAGAAGUUGUACACAUGUGGGGCAUGUGGGAAACAUUUCUGGUUGAGCACAGACCUUCACCACCACCAGAAGGAGCACAUUGGAGAGAAACCCUUCAGCAAGAACAUGGACACGGCCUCCUUUGUGAAUAGCUACAGACUCCAUGUGUCAGAGAAGCCCUUCAUCUGCGGGGUGGUUGGGAAGGACUUCCCAACAGAUGUGAGCCUUUUUCAACCCCAUUCUACUCCCAGAGGGGCAAAGCUACACAGUGGUACUGAUUGUGGUGAGGCCUUUCACAAUGGAAAAACUCAUUACAAGUGUGGAGAAUGUGGGAAAACCUUCAGCCGCAAACGCACACUUGUUCAGCACCAAAGAGUCCACACUGGAGAGGGGCUUUAUGAGUGCAGUGAAUGUGGGAAACCCUUCAGCUACAAACAUACACUUGUUCAGCAUCAGCGAAUUCACACUGGAGAGAGACCUUAUGAGUGCAGUGAAUGUGGGAAAGCCUUCUGGUUGAAAUACAAACUUGUUCAGCACCAGCGAAUUCACACUGGAGAAAAGCCUUAUGAGUGCAGUGAAUGUAGGAAAGCCUUUGGGUGCAAAUCCAAACUUGUUCAGCACCAGAGAAUUCACACUGGGGCAAGGCCUUAUGAGUGUGGCGACUGUGGGAAAUGCUUUAGACAAAGUUCAAGCCUCGUUCAACACCGGCGAAUUCACACUGGAGCAAGGCCUUAUGAAUGUGGUGAAUGUGGGAAAUGCUUUAGCCAGAGCUCCAUCCUCAUUCAACACCGGAGAAUCCAUACUGGAGCAAGGCCUUAUGAGUGCAAUGAAUGUGGGAAAUGCUUUAGACAAAGCUCCAGCCUCAUUCAGCACCAGAGAGUUCACACUGGAGCAAGACCUUAUGGAUGCAGUGAAUGUGGGAAAUCCUUCCGCCAAAGAUUUAGCCUCAUUCUGCAUCAGAGAAUUCACACUGGAGAAAGGCCUUAUGAAUGCAGUGAAUGUGGGAAAUGCUUUAGCCAAAACUUUGUCCUCAUUAAACACCAAAAACUUCACACCAAGUAGAGGCCUCGCGAGUGUAGUCAGUGUAAGAAAGCUUUCAGUUAAUGGUCUGUUCUGCUUCAGCACCAAAAACUUCACAACCCAGAUAGGCUUUAUGAAUGCAGUGAAUGUGACAAAGCCUUCAGUCAGUGAUCUAACCUCAUUCAGCAUCAAAAAUUCCACAGGAGAAUGGCCUUAGACCUGCAGGACAUGUGCUCUUUGUUCAAUAUAACAGCACUAGAGAGAUUGUGAAGGAGCCAUCUGCCUGAAGUUGAACCUUGUACAUCCAAACAUAACAGUGGGGAGAUUCCCCUUGAGUUCUAGAGAUGCAAGAAGUUUUCAGCCAUUGUAUAUUCUAACCUGCCCAGGACAUAACUGCCAGACUUAUGUAUGUCUCUGCCAGGUUCUGUAGCAGAAGCCAUUUCGCUUCUACCACCUGGCAAGUCCCCAUAGUGUUUAUCAGUCACUCCAACAUGCUCAGGAAGACACAGAUCUGUACUCUCUCCCAUUCCCUGGAGAAAAUCGUGAAUAGUCUGAGCCCUUGGGGAGUGAUGGGAGGUAGGGGGAUCUCAUUCCCUUUUUUCUGUCUAGUCAGGGCAUAGACCUGACCCAGUUUUGGCCAAGAGGACUGCUAGUGGCUUUUAAAACUUCACCUUCUUUACGGCAUUGUUGGUCUCAAGUGAUGCACAUAAUGGAUUUUCCACCCUGGAAGUCAUCGACCAGGGAACUGUGCUUCACAUUGCUUGGGUUUAUGAAAUAAUAAAGGUCUUUAUUGUUUAAAUUACCUUUAAUCUUAAGAGUUCUAUUCAUUGUGUGGAGUGGGUUGAAAACCGAAUUGAACUCUGCCAGUACAAAGGGAUGAAUAGCUUUUGUAGGGGCCCCCAACUUUGCCUCAGAGGGGACAGACAGUAUGAUGGAAGAGAGUACCUCUCACUACAGUUUUGGCCUAGUUUGCAUCCCUGCUCGAAGCCUUCUAGGAAAGACUACAGGGGUAUGGGUGUCUUAUAAGUCUCUUUUAACCUAUAGAUACCACUUUAUUUUUUUAAUUCUUAUUUUCUGAAGUUUCAGAGUCAGUUGUCCACUAGAAUUUGCCGCAUCCUUGAUUUGCCUUAUUGCACACCUCGGCCCAACCUGGGGAUACCCCCAGAUACAUGCUAGGGACACUGUGACUCUUGUGCAAUGCUGACACCCUUUGACAUAGCCUGGACCCACAGAUACCACAUUCACAACAGAAAAGGUAAGUGACAGACAUGAGGUACACAACUGCCAUAUGCAAAACACACCUGGGACCUGUGAGAUAGGAUGGAGGGACUGAUACACCACUGUAGGUGUAGUAACACAAAUGCACAAGUAAUCCCUGGAGAUUUAUGAGACUGGCAUAUGGUAAAAAAG